UGCAGCAUUCAUGCACGUUCUGGUGGAUCCAAGAUGGCGUCAGUUUCACCGAGAUCCAGCAAGACGGUCCUGGAGUCCAUUCAGUCGGUAAAAGUCAUGGCGUCCGCCAGUUCGGGGAGCAGGGUCUCCUGCGGGAGAGAUAUGAACUGUGUACCGGAGGUAGCUGACACACUGGCUGCGGUCGCCAAGCUUGGGUUUGACUUCCUGUGCAUGCCGCUGUUCCAUCCGAGGCUCAGGAGAGAGUUUGAGUUGGAGCCCGGAAAAUCCCGACCCGGGGCCCAGACCCGGUCUGACCUGCUGCUGUGUGGGAGAGACUGGAAUACUCUGAUUGUUGGGAAACUCUCUCCGUGGAUCCAUGCAGAUUCAGAAAUCGAGACCCAGCGCAGAAACUCGGAGGCUGCUCUUUCACAAGAGCUAAACUUCUCAGCCUACCUGGGUCUUCCCGUCUUCAUGAUCCCUCUGAGGGGACCCAACAACGCUAACUUAGCCCGAAUGUUGCUGAACCACAUCCACACUGGUCACCACACCUCAAAUUUCUGGAUACGCGUUCCACUGAUGGCGAUGGAGGACAUGCGGGAAGAUCUGAUCGAGAAUGAACCGACGGCUUGUUUGGAUGAAACAAGUGUAGAUGAGAAAACUUGGAGCUGGUGGCAUUCAUUCAGAACCCUUUGUGAUUACAACAAGAGGGUCUGUCUCGCCAUUGAAGUUGGAGCAGACAUGCCUUCAGACGCCGUUAUUGAUAAAUGGCUCGGGGAACCAAUCAAAGCAGCAAUAAUUCCAACAAGCAUCUUUCUAACUAAUAAGAAAGGCUUCCCAGUUUUGUCUAAAGCUCAUCAGAGAAUAAUUUUCCGUCUUUUCAAGCUGGAGGCUCAGUUUAUCUUCACAGGCACCAGUCGGCACACUGACAAGGACUUCAGGUCCUACCUGCAGUACCUGGAUUACCUCAAUCAGAACAGGCCUGCGCCCAACGCCUAUGAGCUGUUUGCCAAAGGCUAUGAGGACUACCUACAGUCGCCCCUGCAGCCCCUCAUGGACAACUUGGAGUCUCAGACAUAUGAAGUCUUCGAGAAGGAUCCUAUUAAAUAUUCUCAGUACCAACAGGCCGUGUUUAAAUGUCUCCUAGACCGAGUACCGGACGAGCAGAAGGACACUAACGUUCAGGUGCUGAUGGUGCUGGGAGCAGGUCGGGGUCCUCUGGUCAACGCCUCUCUACGUGCUGCUCAGCAGGCUGACAGGAAGCUCAAAGUGUACGCCGUUGAAAAAAACCCCAACGCCGUCAUCACACUGGAGAACUGGCGCUUUGAGGAGUGGGGCGACCAGGUGACCGUGGUGUCGUGUGACAUGCGGGAGUGGGCUGCACCAGAGAAGGCUGAUAUCAUUGUCAGUGAGCUGCUGGGAUCCUUUGGUGAUAAUGAGCUCUCCCCUGAGUGCUUGAAUGGGGCGCAGCACUUUCUCAAAGAUGAUGGAGUCAGUAUCCCUUGCUCCUACACGUCUUUCCUAGCUCCGAUAUCCUCAUCCAAGCUCUACAAUGAAGUGCGGGGGUGCAGGGAGCGCGACAAGGACCCUGAGUGCCAUUUUGAGACGCCUUAUGUGGUGCGUCUCCACAACUUCCACCAGCUGGCUGAGCCUAAGGCGUGCUUCACCUUCACACACCCAUCUAAAGACAUGAACAAUAACCGCUACCAGUGCCUCAAGUUCUCUGUGGAUUGUAACUCUGUGCUCCAUGGCUUUGCUGGUUAUUUUGAAACGACUCUGUACAAAGAUGUCACACUCAGUAUAAAACCAGACACUCAUUCGCCUGGGAUGUUCUCCUGGUUUCCCAUCCUCUUCCCCCUCAAGCAGCCCAUUUCCAUAUCGCGAGAUGAUGUCACGGUGCGGUUCUGGCGCUGCAACAAUGGGAAGAAGGUUUGGUACGAGUGGGCCGUGACCGAGCCGUGCUGCUCUGCCAUCCACAACCCGGCAGGUCGCUCCUACACCAUCGGCCUUUGAAACGCAGCGUCCGUGCUCUCGACUCGUGUUGUUUAGUUAGACUCGGUGGCGACUGGAUAAAUUCUGUUAGAGCAGAUGUGAACUUUCACCUGUGCACGCAUUCUGUCUCUGUGUGGUCAUUGUGAAGCUCUCUGAUCAAGUCCAAACCAAACCCACUGGUUUCACCUGCUGGUUUUGUGUUUUUUUGUAAUGUUUUGAGUUUAAAUGUGGACAUAAACAUCCAACUGGUCUUUUGCCUUAUCACACACACAUUCCACAUGAGCCAUAACACAGCUGUAUCCUGUUAGCACUGCUCUCAACACACGGUCACCCUGUUCAUGUUACAUGUUUAACCGUUUGUAUUUUGUCUUCUGUUUCUUAGAACAUUUUCAAUAAAAUACUGUCAUGUCCGGUCA